GAUAGGACGGAAAAAGUCACGUGAGGGUGCAUUGUCAUACCCGGUAGACAGUGUGGUGUAGCUAGCUGGCUAGUUGCUGCACAUUUCAGGUUAUGACAAAACACACAGAUUGGUAAUCUGAAGAUGGCUUCUUAUUUUGAUGAGCAUGACUGUGAACCAACGAAUCCCGAAGAACAGUACCGUCAGAAUGCACUACUAGAACUGGCCAGGUCUUUGAUGCAGGGCCUCGACAUUGACUCGGGAGCGUUUGACCUAUCGGACUGGGACCAGCGUCUUCCUCCCCCAGCUGCUAAAACAGCUGUCCAAACCUUACCUGUGGUUGUCAUAUCCCCAGAGCAAGCAGACAAAGGGCUGAAGUGUCCUGUGUGUCUGCUGGAGUUUGAGGAGCAGGAGACGGUGAGGGAGAUGCCCUGCAAACACCUCUUUCACUCUGGUUGUAUCCUGCCCUGGUUAGGGAAGACAAAUUCUUGCCCGCUAUGCCGUCUAGAGCUACCAACCGACAAUCCAGAGUAUGAAGAGUUCAAGAAGGACAAGGACAGGAGAAAACAGAGGGAACACAGACUGGAAGAUCUGCAUGGAGCCAUGUACACAUAACGGCUCAGAGCACACUGCUUAUUGCUGAUUUCACCCUUCUAGCUUUGGGUCGCAAUAGAAUUAAGAAUUGACAAAAGCUGCAAAUAUUAUGUAGCUAUUAUGUUUUAUCGUAUGUACUGUAAAUAUGUCAGUUUUAAAUACAGUCAAUUGUACAAAGACCCAUUUUGUGAUACAGAUUGAAAUUAUGGAUGAUCAUUAUACAAUGAAAGGAAUCCUGAGACAGUUGAGUCUGUUUGAACUCUACAUUCACUGCCUUAACACAUCAUAGCAUUUCUUCCUUUUUGCCAAGAUGCAAUACAUUUACCAAAACAGAUGAUUAAAUGGCUUUUCAUGGCAUAUGUUUUGCUGGCCUCACCAUAUUUAUCAGACUUUAAAUUCAAUCUGUUUAUAGUGUUGAUUGCUUUGGCAUCUCAUUAAAGGCCCAGUGCAGUCAAAAUUCUGUUUA